AUGGAUCCGUUCUUGCUCCUCAUAGAGCUGUUCCUUAUUCUCUGCUUUCUCAUCCUGUACUACCGCCACCUGCAAUCUAAGAAAACGAGCCAUUUGGCUCCCAUCAAAUGGCCAGUAGUGGGGAUACUCCCCGGCUUGGUCGCCAACAUCCACUACUUCCACGACUGGACCACCGCCCAACUCGCCGGCGCCGGCUACACCUUCAGAGUUAAAGGAGUCCCCGGCCAGCGGUACUUCGUCACCUGCGACCCGGCCAACGUGCGCCACAUCUUCACCUCCAACUUCGCUAACUACCCCAAAGGCCACGAGUACGCCGAGAUCUUCGACGCUCUUCUUGGCGCUGGCAUCAAGAACUCCGAUGGGGAGUCGUGGCGGCGCCAGCGGGUGAAGGCCCAGAUGCUCAUGACCGCUCCACGGUUCCGCGCCUUCACGGCACGGUGCAGCCGCGACAAGGUGGAGAAGAGCCUCCUGCCGUUCCUCGCCCUCGCCGCCGACGAGGGAAGGCCGUGCGAUCUGCAGGACGUGUUCCUGAGGUUAUCGUUCGACCUCACCUGCGCUCUCGUCUUCGGCGUCGACACUGGGUGCCUGGCGACCGGGCUGCCAGAGGUUCCCUUCCUGCGCGCCACGGACGUAGCGCUGGAGACGAUUUUCCUCCGCCACGUCAUCCCCAUGGCGUGCUGGAAGCUGAUGAGAAGGUUAAAUGUUGGUCCCGAGCGGAAGAUGGCCACUGCACGCCGGACGAUGGACAGCUUCGUCGCGGAGAUGAUUGCACGAGUACGACGACGGGCAGACAUGGUGAACGAAGGUGCCGACGACUACUUGCUUUCAUCCUACCUCUGUCACGAUAACACAAGUGACGACCAGAGUACCGACGAGUCCAUACGUGACACGACGGUGAACCUCCUGUUCGCCGGCCGCGACGCCCCGGCCACUGGGCUCUCGUGGUUCUUCUACCUCGUGUCCAAGAACCCACGCGUGGAGCAGAAGCUCCUAGGCGAGCUGUCCACCGUCGUUGCUUCCCGGGAUAAUGCAGGCUCCACUGUGGACACCGGCUGCAGCAUGGUGACGUUCCACGCGAGCGAACUCAACAAACUGGUAUACCUGCACGCUGCUCUGUGCGAGUCCCUAAGGCUGUACCCACCAGUCCCAUUUGAGCACAAGGUCGCGGCCGCCGCCGACGUGCUGCCGAGCGGGCAGAAGUUGAAGGCUGGCGACAAGGUCCUGUUCUUCAACUACUCCAUGGGGAGGAUGGAGGGCGUGUGGGGCAAAGACUGCAUGGAGUUCCGGCCGGAGCGGUGGGUCACCGAGGAAGGGAAGCUGCGGCGCGAGCCGUCCUACAAGUUCUUCUCCUUCAACACCGGGCCAAGGUCGUGCCUCGGCAGGGAGAUGGCGUUCGUGCAGAUGAAGACCGUGGCGGCGGCCGUGCUGUGGAACUUCGCCGUCCAGGUGGUGCCGGGCCACGUCGUGGAGCCGAAGCUCUCCCCCAUACUUCACAUGAGGAAUGGGCUUCUUGUGUGGGUGCACCGGAGGGGCUUCAUAGGCCACGACUAG